UAGAAAAAGAAAGAAAGGAAGAAGAAGAGAAAAAGGGAGGUUUAGAAUGUCUUUGAAAGAGUCAUACCAAGACGCCUACUCCAACUUCUCCAAGAUGGAAGAGACUGUAGGAACGUUGGUCCUUUCGAAUGAACUGCAAGUUGCUGGUUUCAUGGCGGUGCAAAUCAUGCUGACAACGGGUGUGUUCUUGUCAGCAGCGGUGAUUGCAGCCACGAUCUUGCACAGCCCGAGAACCCGAGCUCAGUAUCUGUACUGGUACCUCCUCAACCUCAGUGUCGCCACGCUCAUCUCAGGGUUGACAUACGUCUUUCUCGUGGCAUGGUGUUUCAGUGAAUACAUGCGAAGCGGCAUGUAUAGCGUAACAAACCCAGAAGUGUGUAUCUGGACGCAGGCUGUGUUUUCGUACUAUCGUUCCAUCCUGUGUUCUACGUUGCUUCUCAUUGCUCUGGAACGGUACAUCACCAUCCUGAAACCCCUGACGCAUUGCUACAUCAUUACCGAUCGUAGAAUCAAGGCGUCCAUCUUCACCUCGUGGGGGGUCGCUUCCAUUUACAUGAUCUGGACCAUCCUGCAGAGAAUAACCUUAGACCCACCAAAGGGGGACAUAACGUACUGUCACGGGAUGAUAUACGGGAUACGGAGGAUCCACCUCGUCCAGUGGGCGGUCGGAAUCGUCGUCAUUACGAUCAUCGUCCCCUUCAUCUACAUCCACCUACACAUAAUCGCGAGGAAACAUCUCGAAGUGAUCCAACAAGAGCGACGUUUGUUCGGUCUCGCCCAGCACAACCGCAACGUGACACGCUCCAACACUGCGCUCAAGAUCACGCUCACCUUAAUCACCGUGGAAAUCCCCUUCCUCACCAUCAACUUAGUCCGCAUGUACGGAACGACGUCGGAGGCCCUGGAACAUUUACUCACGAAGGUAUGUGCUGUGAGUCUUCUUCUCAGCCACAUCAUCCAGCCAGUGCUGUAUGCCACGAUAUCCCCCGACUUUAGAAAAAGUUUUAGAUCUCUUUUGGGGAGAAACAGAGUUCAGCCUUUAGAGGGCGAGUAUCCCUAGAGUGAAAUGAGACAAAGAAAAAAGUGAGAAACAAAAGGUCUGGUGAUACUCGUACGUGUUUGCAUGUUGAUAAACAAUAUUUUCGAGGGGAAUAUAAAAUAAAAUGAUAGCUAUGAUUAAUGAUAAAUGAGUAU